CCACUGUAAACUCAAAGAACCAAGAGUGCCACACCUGCAAAUUAAACACUACAGAUAGAAGAGACCAAAAGAGAACACUUGACACAUAAUUAACCAUGUCUUACAAUGGGAGCAGUGUGAUGAUCAGCCCAGUGGUGCAAGGCAAGGAGCAGACGGACAUCAUGAACAACAUGCAGAACCACAACAUAGGCAACAGUACCAGUGUCCCUGUGAGUGGCUCAUGCUUCAAUGGGACCUCAUUUCUCAGUGGCAACUCUGUUAAUGCGCCAACGCCGCCGCAGAUGCCAACUUAUUCCAUUACUGGCAUAAGAGGAAACGCAACCUUUUAACCCAGCGAGGGCAAGAGAAUACCGACAAGAGCUUCAAAGAACAAAUUACAAACGAAUGAAUCGAUUACAUGUACUAUAUAAUAUACCCAAAUAAAAACCGCUUAAUGGCGUGUAUAUGUAAUCCUAUAUGUGUGUGAUUCAAUAAAAUCUAUCAGGGGCCAAGCUGCUAAGACCUGUUAAUGGAAACA